AUGGUGCCAAAAAAGCCGUGUCUGGGCUGGCCAGUGCUGGAGGGCUCUUUCGCGAUCACUUGGGAGGAUGGAUGUCUGGCUUUGUCACCAGGUCCAACUAACUGCUUCAUAGCUGAGCUCUGGGCUAUUCGGGAAGGCCUUCGUAUUGCAAGACAAAAUGGGUUCCAUAAUUUGGAAGCGGAAACAGACUCGUUGGCCAUUAUUCAUGUGCUCAAGAAGGAUCUUGGAAAUUCUCCUGAAGCAGACACUCUCAUUUCUGACUGUAAGGUCUUGAUUCAGACGUUCCACUCCUUCGAUCUCAAACACGUGCUUCGGGAAGGGAACCAAUGUGCCGAUUUUCUUGCCAACAUGGAUCAGAAUAGUCAGUGGGGUACUACGAUUCUCUCUCAACCUCCCGAGGGGUUGAAUCCGCUCUUGGCUCGCGACGCUAACAAAGUCGCCUUUAGUAGAUUACGCUAG